AUGGUGAAGCUCAGAUGUCCAUUCUCAGAGUGUGAUUGUACCAUUGUUGAAUUGGACAGUGCCAGGCAGACUGUUCUUCCUAUUGAGGUUUACGAUAAACUCAAAUUGAUGCUUCCUUCACAAGAAACAGCGCUCGACGGAAAGUUCUCUGUUUUCGAAGAUAUAUGGGAUUUUGAUAACAUAGGAGUCUCUCGACAGGUUCCUGAAAGCGUGUUAAAUACCGUGGCUGGUAGUAGUGCGACACCCAUUGAGUUUGUUUGGCAAGAAAAGACAUGUACCCUUGGAAAAUUGCAGAAGUACUUAAUCUGCGCAGAUUGCGAUCGCGGUCCUUUGGGAAUGAUUUGUGAAGUACAAAGCAACGGACAGGCCCUUUCUCUGAACUUACUAAGCUCGGCAAGUGUCAGAAAGGCAGAUACAUGA